UAAAAUCCCCUCCCCCCCUCACUCGCCACCCCUCCUCCCUCCUGUCUUUCAGACAGACUGUUUUUGCUGCAGUGAACGGUAACCGUGGAGAGAGGGAAAACGCAAGAAAAACAAGAAGCCGAAGAAGGAAGAAAAAAAGUCAAUAUAGACAUAUUCAGAGAGACCUCAGAUCCAGCGCCAGCUAUCCUGCAUUACAAGGACCACUUCCAGACCAGAACCAACGGCGACAAAUAGUGCAGGAUCCGGACUCCAGAGGCGCAUAUCGGUAACACUCCGGUAACACUCCAGUGCUCCUCUGCCUACCCUCGUGAGGAUUCAGUGAGACGAACAAACGGAUCUGUGUGUCCAACCGACCAUGGCAUUCCCUUCUUACCCAGUCCCUGGUCUAUGGACUCUGAGUUUAUUGACACUACUGGGAGCCUCUGUUCAGAGCAACUUCAUCGUUUUUGACGAUGACCCCUUGCAGCCGGUGACCCAGGACGAGACGGUGUCGGUGGGCGGCACGGUGACCCUGACCUGCCGGGUGGCAGAGAGCGACAACUCCUCCCUGCAGUGGUCCAACACGGCCCAGCAGACCCUGUACUUCGGAGAGAAGAGAGCUCUGAGAGAUAACCGUAUCCAGCUCCACCGGUCGACAGGCACAGAGCUGUCCAUCACAAUCGGAGACAUCCAGCUGUCAGACGAGGGGGAGUACACCUGCUCCAUCUUCACCAUGCCCGUCCGCACAGCCCGCGCCACCGUCACUGUGCUAGGUGUCCCUGGUAAGCCCCAGAUCUCUGGCUAUGAGGACGCCGUGCAGGAGGGGGGCAAAGUCACCCUCACCUGCACCAGCUCCGGAAGCAAGCCCCCCGCCAAACUACGCUGGUACAGGGACCAGGAGGAACUCACAGGUCGCCCUGAUGUGGUGGAGUCUAACCCUGACGAGCCGACCUACACAGUGAUCAGUGAGCUGACUCUGACGGUGGGCCGAAGCGACGACAAUGCUCUGAUUGCCUGUGCUGUAGACCACCCUUCUCUGGCCCCUGGGGACAAGAGGAGCGAGCAACCCAUUAGAGUCCUGUUCACCCCAGAUGUCACUAUCCAGCCUGAGAGUGAUCUGCCCAGAGAGGGAGGGAAGUUCCACCUGCAGUGCAUUGCCAACGGAAACCCUGAGCCUAUCUCGUACGUGUGGCAGAAGAAGGAUGGAGAGCUCCCUCCGCUGGCCAAGGUGGAUGGUAGUGUCCUGCGCUUUGAGAUGCUCAACAAAUCAGACAACGGCGUGUACCUUUGUCAGGCCGACAAUGGCAUCGGGAAUGUGCAGGGACAGUACACACUGUUGGUGCAAGACCUGACAGAUGAUUCAAACUACCUCUUCCCUACCUCUUUCUAUCUACCCUCCUCUUCUCCGACCUCUGACUCCCCCCCUCCCUCUCUUUUUCACGAUUCUUUCUCUCAAUCCCCAUCUCUUAUGCCAACAAUGUCUGGCUCUGGGUCUGGGUUGUCUGACUCUGUGUCCCUACCUGCCACUUCUCCUCCUGCUAUCUUCUCCUUCUCUAUCCCUUACCCAUCUGACCUCACUAUCACCCCUUCUUCCCCUUCUUCCUCCUCUUCAUCCCCCUCUACCUCUUCUCUCUCUCCCUCUCUCUCUCCCUCUCCUCCUCCUGUCAAUGUUCCAUCUACCUCUCUUUCCAACUCUCUCUUCCCUGAUCUUCCACUGUCUCAGGAACCCCUUCCCCCCACAUCCUCCUCCUCCUCCUCCUCCUCCCCCUCUUCUUCUUCCUCCUCUUCUUCCCCUCGUCCUACCAGCAUUACUCCCUCUGUCGCUCCCCCCUCCUCGGUCUCCCUCACUCCCUCCUCAGUUCCCAUACAGCUGAAUGGAGUUUACAGUUUCACAGAUGGUCCAGACAAUAUUGCAGACCCCACUGCCAUGUCUACCUCUUCAGGAGUGGACCAUGCUGUGAUUGGAGGAGUGGUGGCGGUCAUCGUCUUCAUCCUGCUCUGUCUUCUCAUCGUCUUGGGCAGAUACCUCAUCAGACACAAAGGGACAUAUCUUACCCAUGAGGCAAAGGGCUCCGACGAUGCUCCCGAUGCCGACACGGCUAUCAUCAAUGCCGAGGGCGGCCAUUCCGGAGCGGAGGACAAGAAAGAGUACUUCAUCUAGGGAGGGGUUGGGGAGGGGGGAGAGGAGCGCCUCCAUUUGUCUUCACAAGCUUCAGUUCUUCACAGCAGCCAGAGGGGGAGGAGUAGGGGACAGACAGACAGACAGACAGACAGACAGGGCAAUGGGGAAAUGGAAGGAAAUAUAAGAUUCAGAAGUACUGAGACUGACAAGAAAAACAGAAAAGCUUCACCCGGUAGGCCUGUAUUGAAAACAGGGAAGUGCGAUUAUUUGCAUUUAUAUACAUGACCUCAUGUCCACUGACACACACACACACUACGCGUUACGUUUCACUGACACACUGUUACGAGACACACGUCCUAUUCAUGCACACAUGAACAUCCAAACCUACACAUGUAACAUGAUCAUAGUAAUGCAUAGUAAUGUUCGAUUUCUUGAUUGAAGAGGAAAAACAUUUUUUUUAUACAUACAGUACAUAUACAUGUUUCAUUAACAUUCAACUGUCAGUGACACAAAUGCAAAAUUGUGCUCCACAUAUUAUUGCAAAAUUGUAAUUGACAUUCAAGCAUGUCAUGCUGAAAUACAGUUUCAGAUCCCCAAACACUGUCCCCCAUCCAUUUAUCCAUACCACUCCUCCCACUCAUCUGUCUUUCAUUUUCCCUUUUUCGUUCUCUCUAUUCUAUCACUCCCCACAUAGACUCCUACAGACCAGGACACACACUAUACGACAUUCUUCUAUUCAGAAUUCAGAAAUCUGUCUAAAAUCAAUCAACAACUGCUGUACAUAACCUCUCUCUCUUUCCCGUCUCUCUCUGUCACAUAUAUACACACACACACACACACACACACACUACCCAAACA